GCUCAACAUUACAACGACAAGGAUUAAAAUAAUCCGCCUAUUGGCCUGAAUCAACGUGACCGGGGAUAUAUGCACGUUUUCGUGCAGGUAACCUGCGGACCGCCGUUGCGCCGUUUUUCUCGUCCCGAGCAGGUGAAGCUUUACAGCGUUACAGAGGAGCGGCUGCUCUCGGGAGGAGAUUGAAGGAACUGAGGGAGGACUAAGUCUAAAAGCAAAGUACCUUGCAAGCACAUGGCUGAGGCCAACUUCCCUCCACUGCCUGCCUUCAUCCCUCUCAAGCCAUGCUUCUACCAAGACUUUGAAGAGAUCCCUGAUCAACACCGCAGCAUGUGCAAGAAAAUGUACCACCUGUGGAUGUUAAAUAGUGCCACACUAGCUGUGAAUCUCGUAGGCUGUCUGGUCUGGAUGUUUGGUGGAGGUGGAGUGACCAACUUUGGAAUGGCCCUGAUCUGGCUCAUCAUGUUCACUCCUUGCUCUUAUGUCUGCUGGUUCAGGCCCAUCUACAAGGCCUUCAAGGACGACAGCUCCUUCAAUUUCAUGCUGUUUUUCUUUGUGUUCAUGGCCCAAGUUGGCAUCAGCAUCAUUCAGGCCAUAGGCCUCCCAGGAUGGGGAGUAUGUGGUUGGCUGGCCACCAUCUCCUUCUUCAGCUACAAUAUCUUUAUUGCUUUGGUCAUGCUGAUCCCAACGAUCAUGUUCACUGCUGUGGCCUCGCUGUCCUUCAUUGCACUCACCAAGAUCCAUAACUUUUACCGGGGCACCGGGGCCAGCAUGUCCAAAGCUCAGGAGGAGUGGGCCACCGGGGCCUGGAAGAACCCCCACGUCCAGGCGGCGGCCCAGCAGGCCGCCAUGGGGGCCGCGACCGGAGCCAUGCAGGAGCCGUACCCCAGCCCUCAGUACAACGACAACCAGGUGUAGCAUCCAGGAGAUCAGAGGUGCUGGGGAUGAACUGCCAAAGUUUUAGUUCCGAGGGUCCAAACCAUCUAAUAGAGCUGAUUUGAUUUCUAAACAUACAGUAAAGCUGGUUUUUGCCUUGCUGUAUUAAAGGGCAAGCGAAUACAUGGCUAGGUUUACAUAAUCUCAUCUCAAUGUUAUUUUCAAUCUCAUCACAAUGUUAUUUAAUUUAUUUUUCAAUUUGAAAUGUAUAUACUGUUAAAAAAAAACUCUAAGGAGAUGCUUAAUUUACGCCUCAGAAAAUGAACCAAUUACUCAGACUGGAUAAUUGCAUCUGUUGUCAAUUUAACAGCGAUGCAGGUGGGCGGGGGAGACUCACAGUCAUUUGUGUUUCCUAUAACCCAGAAGCCUCACUUGAUGUCAUACUCUCAAAUUAAAUUAAAGCAGCACAGAUGACUUUAAUUCAUUUUAUUUUUAUGUCAAAACAUCACAGUUUUAGUUUCAAUUGAAGGAACAUUUGGUUACUUUUGGGAAAUGUUGUCCAGCUGUGUUGGUCUUCCGUCCCUAAAAAACAAAAACAGCCAAAAUAACUUCCAGUUUUCCCUUGAUACAACUGUGAAACACUUGUGUCACACAUCAAAUAUGAUGAAAGUAGCUCACGGAGCUGCGUAGACGUCAUGCCAGACGUGGAUGAAAGACAAAUCCUUAUUUAAGAGACCGAAGACCGAACAAGUGUAAUCCUGGACAGCAUCGUAGACGCAACUUACCUUCUGCGCUGAGCUAAAAAUGACUAACGUUCCUUUGUGCUGCUUUAAGCGUCUCCUUUUUAGUGUUUUUUUUUUUUUUUUUUUUUUUGCAGCCUAGUAUAAUAUAUAUAUAUAAUAUAAUAUAAGUGUUUUGGAACUGUAGAGGCUCCAUUAUGAGAGCUAUGUGCUAAUGUAAUUAAUUAUAGUUCUAAGACUUUUUGUGAAUAAAAUCAAAAGGAACAUUUUCUUAUUUUUUUCUCACAUACAUAAUGUAAUAAUAAUAAUACAAUUAUUUAGUGCUUUUUUGCUGUACUGUCUGGAUGAAACAAUUUUUCACUAUAGUUUUUCUUGUGUUUAAAAACUUUAAAGUGAACCGAAAAUCCUGAGUAAUUUUAUAACUUUAUUUUAAAUGUCACCCUCUAUGAUCUCAGUGAUAUUUCUGUAUAUUUCUUCUCAGUCAGUUCAUUAUCAUAUUGUGGAAUGUAAGAAUGUUGCUAUAUUUACAGUAAAUUAAUUGUAUUAAACUCAAUUUCACAGAUUUUUUUAAUAUAAA